AUGCAUCUACCGAGAUCUUCUACCUCCGAGAAAAACUUCAGUGACAUGAAUCUUCUACUCGAGGGUAUAGAUAUCACUGGGACCUUGUUGAGAUCAACAGAUAUUACAGACAAAAUGCUUGAUGAAGUAUUUAAAAUGUCGAUAGAAGAAGAGGAUUGCAACAUAUAUGAGUUGCAUCACAUAAAACAGGGUACAGCUGCAAAAACUAAGUUAAGGAGAACCAGAAGUAUAUGCAUUCAAAUUCUAAGGACCCUUGAUAGUAAUCUUCAUCUCCCCAAUAUAUUUGACAGACAAUCGAUUCAAAAUUUCUGUUUGAGUGGGGCAAUCAUUAUUUUCUGCACAUCUUCUAGUUCAUUUCGAUUACAUGAUGUGAAGAUGAAAAAACCUUUGGAAUGUUUGGUGGUUGAUGAGGCUGCACAGUUAAAGGAAUGUGAGUGUUUAAUCCCCUUACAGCUCUCUCGGAUUCAACAUGCCAUUUUCAUCGGCGAUGAGUACCAACUUCCGGCGAUGGUUAAAAGUCAGGCUUCUCAAAAUGCUGCCUUUGGAAGAAGUCUCUUUGAGAGACUGAGCUCACUUGGGCACAAGAAACACCUCCUUGAUGUUCAAUACAGGAUGCAUCCUUCUAUCAGUAGAUUUCCCAGCUCAAAUUUCUACAAUGAUAAAAUCUCAGAUGGUCCUAACGUUAUAUGUGAUAGCUAUCGGCAGUGUUAUUUACCUGGACCAAUGUAUGGUCCCUAUUCUUUUAUAAACAUUGCCAUAGGAAAGGAAGAAACUGAUACUAAUGGGCGUAGUCUCAAGAAUAUGAUCGAGGUUGCUGUAGUCUUGCAAAUUCUCAAGAACCUAUAUAAAUCAACUUUCACCAGGGGAAAACAACUUAGCAUCGGCAUCAUAUCACCAUACACAGCUCAAAUAUGUGCAAUUCAAGACAAGCUUAAGAACAUGUAUUUUCCGUCUAGUGAAAUCUCUGUGAAAGUUCAGUCUAUUGAUGGAUUUCAAGGUGGAGAAGAGGAUAUUAUAAUUAUUUCUACAGUGAGAUACAACAAAGGUGGAUGCGUAGGCUUCCUUUCUAACCUCCAAAGAACAAAUGUGGCUUUGACAAGGGCAAAGCAUUGCUUGUGGGUUUUAGGCAACGAGACGACCUUGAUUAGAAGCGGAUCAGUUUGGGGAAAAAUAAUACGAGACGCAAAGAGUAGGGGUUGUUAUUAUAAUGCCAGAGACGACAAGAGCCUGGAUGAGGCCAUCAUCGAGGCUGCUGUUGAUCUUGAUGAACUGGAGGAUUUGCUGAAUAUGGGUAAAGCAAGUUGGAAGAAAUCUGAAAGAUCAUCAAGCUCAAAUUCACAGUCUGGUUUCGGCAGAGGAAGGAAUAACUACAGAAAUGGUUUUCAGAGACGGUGAUCCUUUUAGGUUGAAACUGUUGCUUGUCUCAAACAAGGAAAUCUGGUUGCUGAAGGAACAAUUGAAAUGCA